AUGGAGUCUGUGGAUCCACGACAAAAAGAAGAGUACUCCACCGUCCUAAGAGAAGAGGUGGUGGGACGCAACGAGGAUGUAGAAAAAAUCAUCGACAUUUUGCAGCAACAACAGUCUGGCGAUUGUGUUGAAUGGCUGCUCAUAGAAGGCGGUGAUGGGAGGAAGACCCUUGGUCGGUUGAUUUACCACCACUCCUGGGUGCACGACCAUUUCCAGCAUCGAAUCUGGGUGGAUGUCCCAAGCAUUGCUUCUUUGGAUCCCAUGUGGAUCAUGAGAGAAUUCACGAGAUCAAUAACCGGGGAACCGUGCGAGGACAUCUGGCUAUUCUACGAUGGAGUCCAUGAAAGCAAAUACUUCCUCGUUCUGGAUGAUCUCAACGUCGAGGAGGAGGACAAGGAUAAGUGGCUCCAAUUGGAGAACUUUCUAUUGCUCGUCGGCGCACCGGGGAGUACCGCGGUGGUCAUUCCUGACUUGCAUUUUAGUGACCAUAAAUUGGGGUCCGCCAUCCGACCGUAUCCCUUGGAGUACCUAUCGGAGGAUGCUUGGGUAGAAUUGUGCAUGAGACAAGCACUCAUCCGGCCUGAUCAACAGGAGGAAGCAAACACGAUACGUCAAUUCUGUAGGACAGACUAUGAUUCAAUUUAUGGGACUCCCGCAGGCGCCAAGAUGUAUGGCUCCGUAUUCAGAUAUACCGAAAUGAAUCGAUGGCAACAACAAAUUUCUGGUUUGGAUACGAAUUUUAUUAGAAUUCAUUACAUGCCACGUAAAUGGACACGAUUAAUGUUGUACCACUGGCUGAUUGUACAAGAUGACAUGGCCAAUUAUAAAGACUUCUUCCAUGUGUUAGCUGCUGAAGGCCUUCUGCUGUUUUCGUCAGACGAGGACGAAGUGAUGAUAAGGGAAUAUGUGAGGACCCUCGACCUUGAUUUUUCAUUUGCUGCCACGGAGCAUUGCUAUUUCUUGACGGAGGUUGAUUCAAAUUCAACAAUCCCACAACAAUGUCUCUAUUUACGUAUGCUCGUCGAUUCUAAUACCAUCACAUUUCCGACGAUCUUAUCCGAUGGGGUCAACAAUUUGAGAGAUUUGGUAUUACAACAAAAGGAAAUGGAUCUCCAAUACAAAUAUCAUAUCCUACAUAUUCCAAAAGGUAUAUUUACCAACCUCAUACAUCUACGUAUAUUACAUUUACGAGCUAUCAAAGUCCAGCAGCUACCCGAUACAGUGGACAAGUUGCUAAUCUUGAGAUACCUCAACCUUGCCCAGUCUGAGAUCCAAGCACUUCCUAAAUCCUUAUGCAAGCUCAGGAAUUUACAAAUCUUAAAUUUGGCUCAUUGCGAAAAGCUUCAAAAUCUUCCGAGGCAAAUACAUAAUCUUGAGAAUUUGCAUGUUUUAAAACUAACUUAUUGUACAAAGCUUCAAAUGCUACCUAUUUCGGUCACCGGUCUUGUAAAUCUACAAGAGCUAGAUUUGGAAGGUUGUCAAUGGCUUGUCGAAUUACCUGAGGGUUUGAGUAAUAUGAGAAAGCUGACAAACCUCAAUAUAUAUGGAUGUCCAUUGAAUCAAAUGCUGCAUAAAAUAAGUCAGAUAAGUAAUCUCCUGAAGUUGUCUGGAUAUAUCAUAAUUGGUGAUAUUGGAAAUGCCUUCUCAGAGUUACAAUCAUUGAUUAAUCUAAAAGAAUUAUGGUUACAAAAUCUCGAACAAGUGUCAAAUUCAGAAGAUACUUCAACUUCUUUAAAGUUGUAUGAUAUACUUCCACAACUCAUAUAUCUAAAGCUACAUUGGAAAUGGAACAAUAUGGUUGACAUGAGAACCUCCAAACCAGUUUGGUUGCAGGUACUUGAACGCCUUCAACCCAAUUCAAACUUGAAAAAAUUAGAGAUUAUUUUAUAUGCAGACGAGGAAUUUCCCGUAUGGAUAAAAGAGGGGUUUUACUAUCUCCACAGGUUGAAAGAGAUCAAACUAAUCAAUCUCAAGAGAUGUAAAAUGCUACCGUCACUUGGACAACUACUCAGUCUCGAGAUUAUUGAAAUAAGUGGUAUGGAUUUAAUCAAUAUUAUAGAUGAAACAUUCUACGGUGACAAUGGGACAUUUCCGGAGUUGAGAGAACUCACAUUCUCUCAUAUGCCUGCACUGGAAAAAUGGCUAAAAGUUGGGAGAGAAGAAUUUUUGUUUUCGGAACUUUAUGAAUUGACAUUAAUCCAAUGUCCAAAAUUCAAAGCUCUAGAGGUGCAUCUCAGGGUCUCAAGAUUGAGUAUUUGGUUGAACAAUAAGAUGCUGCAGACAUCUGAAUUGAAAGGUUGGCAUAACCUCCAACAUAUAAGAGACUUGGAGAUAGUUGGAUGCCAAGAGCUGAGGUGUUUGCCACGGGACAUGGAACGAUGUGUUAAACUCGACAGCUUGAGAAUUAUUGGAUGUGAGAAUUUGGACUUUUUGCCAGAGUGGCUGCAAGGAUUCAAUCUUCUGAAUUCUUUAUUUAUAUAUGGCUGCAGAGCUCUGUCAUCCAUGCCAGAGGAGCUUAAACUACUACCAGUCGUUGAUGUUAAAGGUUGUCCGAAGCUGCGACUUUAA